AUGCCAAACGUCUCUUUUGCAGAUCCGCACUUCAAUGUGCCAGGAACGAUCGACAUCAUCAUCGGUGGCGAGUGCUACCACGAAAUUCAUACUGGAAAUCGCAUAUCCAUCGGUGACGGUCUACCACUGCUAGUUGAUAUUUUUUUCGGGUGGACAGUUUCAGGAAAGGUGCCAUUUGAGCCAGACGCUACUGAUUCAGGAAAGGUGUGCACUUCUUCUGCCCACGCUUCGCCGGCUUGUUAUAUCUCUACCGUUGAUCGUUCUCUUGAAACAUCCCUGCAAAGAUUUUGGGAACUGGAAGCCGUCGAUCAUAGUUCAAUGUAUUCCGCUGAAGAAAGAAGAUGUGAAGAAAUGUUUGCUAGCACCACCACUCGAAAUCAUUCUGGGAGGUUCGUCGUACGCCUUCCUCGGGCCGAAGAUCCGCAAGUCACCCUCGGCGAUUCGCGCGCAAUCGCAACUCGUCGAUUCUACAGCCUCGAAAGACGCCUAGAGAAAGAUGCCACCGUUAAAGCCGCAUACCACAAGUUCCUUGAAGAAUAUGCAAGUCUACACCAUAUGCAAAGAAUCGAUCCUGUCGAUGAUGGAAGGCCACAUUGUUAUCUGCCGCAUCACCCGGUUUUUAAGGAGGCAAGCACUACCACCAAGAUUCGCGUGGUGUUUGAUGCCUCUUGCAAAACUACCUCCGGGUUUUCGUUCAACGAUUCGCUUCUCGUUGGUCCAGUGGUGCAACAGGACCUCCUCUCGAUCGUGAUACGUUUCCGCACUCGUUCUGUGGCCAUUGUUGCAGACAUCGAAAAGAUGUACCGCCAGAUUGAAGUGCAUCCCGCUGAUCAGAGUCUUCAACGCAUCCUAUGGCGUGUCAAUCCAACGGAUCCACUCGAAACCUACGAACUGCGCACCAUCACAUACGGAACAGCUUCAGCUCCAUACCUCGCAACACAGACGCUGCAGAAGCUGGCACAGGAGGAAGGAGAUUUGUAUCCAGUAGCAGCCGAGGCAGUCAUCGAAGAUUUCUACGUCGAUGAUCUACUGUCUGGUGCAGAUGAUGUACAUGCUGCCAUACAAAAACGCCGUCAGAUAUCAGCGAUGUUAGAUUCCGCCGGCCUUCCAAUCAAAAAAUGGGCGUCAAACAUCCCGGAGGCUCUAGAUGGUGUUCCCCAGGAGGACUUUGCUAUUAAAACACUACAUGAUCUACAAGACGACCAGUCGGUGUCAACGCUCGGACUUGUCUGGGACACAAAGACCGAUUUGCUUAGAUUCAAUGUCUAA